ACAUGGAUCCAGUUAUCUACCAGCAGAUUGUGUCUUAUAAAUGCCACGGCAAAUACCCCGAUGGACUCUGCAAGAAUGAAAAAAACUCAUUUCGCAAAAAAGCUAACCUUUUUGAAAUUGAAGAUGGCAAAUUGUACUAUGUCCGCUACAAAUCGACUCCCAAAGCAAUCAAAACAGAAGUUGUGCUUGGGAUAGAAGAGGCCAACAGAAUAUUUGCUGAGUUUCAUAACAGCGACAUUGGAGCACAUACGGGGCAAAACAAAACAAGAGAUGCCAUUUCAAAAAGAUUUUAUUGGCCUGGCAUGUCUCAGGAUAUUGACAAAUGGGUGGCACAGUGUGGCCAAUGCCAAGCCAGUAGUACCUCCGUAAAAGAGGGGACUGCAUACACGCCUAUUGUGGUUAAUCAGCCCUUUGAGCUCUUAGGGAUGGAUCUCAUUGGAAAGUUGACUUUAACAGAUAAUGGAAAUCAGUAUAUCUGUGUCAUUAUUGAUUACCUUACAAAGUGGCCCCAGGCCUAUCCUUUGAAAUCCAAGUCUGCCAUAGAAGUGACCCAGUGUUUGAUAAAUUUUGUGCAUCAGUUUGAAGCUCCAAAAAGAGUGCUAACAGAUCAGGGGACAGAAUUUGUGAAUCAGCUAAACAGACAUGUGUGCAGUGUGCUUAACAUCCAGCGGUCCUUAUGUGCACCCUAUCAUCCGCAGACAAACGGUCUUGUGGAACGAAUGAAUGCUACCAUACAAAGAGCACUCUGCAAGCUUGUCAAGGACCAGCCAAAGAACUGGGAUAGGCAUCUCGAUGCUGUCAUGUUUGCUAUACGCACAAAAAAACAAAUGACAACAAAGUUCUCACCUUACUUUUUGAUGUUUGGGAGAGAGGCCCGUUAUCCCAGUGAGAUUCCAGAGCACUACAGGAUCAACCACAGUAUGGAAGAAACAAUAUCUGUGGAAAAAGUGACAGAGUCUGCAAUAAAGCUCAGUGAAACAUUACUUGAGGCUGGGGAAAACAUCAAAAAAUCCCAAAAAAAGAUACAAAAAAAGUGUCAAUCAUUAAUUUCAAAAUUUAAAGUCGGUGACAAAGUGUGGAGACAGAAUGUCAGAACCAAACAGCGUAAAGGUGGAAAACUUGACGCAAACUUCCUUGGUCCUUUCACCAUCACUUCAUUAGAAGGAAAGAGUGCUGACCUUGAAAAUGGAAUGGGUGUGAAGAUACCCAAAAUAAACAUCGACCAUCUGAAGCCAUAUUGUGAAGAGAGUCCUAGAGUCCCUCACAAAAUACAGAAACCCUCAACUAUCUCUCAAAUUAAAGGAAGACCUAUCAGCUCUCAACAGACCCCAGCACCACAGAUUCCUGGUUGUGGCCAUCAUUCCUCACCAAUCAGCUCAGCACCACAGACUCCUGAUCGUGGCUCUCUAUCCUCCCCACUCAGCCUAAAGCCACAGACUCCUGAUCUUGGCUGUCUAUCCUUACCACUCAGCUCAGCACCACAGACUCCUGAUCGUGGCUGUCUGUCCUCAUCUGUCAAAUCAGCGCCAAAGUCUCCUGAUCUUUGCUCUCUAUCCUCACCACUCAGUUCAACGCCACAGACUCCUGAUCUUGGCUGUCUAUCCUUACCACUCAGCUCAGCACCACAGACUCCUGAUCAUGGCUGUCUGUCCUCAUCUGUCAAAUCAGCGCCAAAGUCUCCUGAUCAUGGCUGUCUGUCAUCAUCUGUCAAAUCAGCGCCAAACUCUCCUGAUCGUGGCUGUUUGUCCUCAUCUGUCAAAUCAGUGCCAAAGUCUCGUCUCCAAAUAUCUCCUGCCUCUAAUGCCAGCUUAGCUCCGAAGACUCCAAUAUCCGGUAUUAACAUAGAAACAUGUGUGAGAGAGGCCUGGAAGGGGAAAAACGUAAAUGUUCUCCUUGCAAAAAUAGGGCCAUUCAAAUUGUUCUAUGCUGAUAUACAUCGGACUGCACCCACAAUGGAACUGGAAAGUGAGGUCAUGAAUGCCUUUGUCUACAUCUUGGUACGAAAAUUUAAUGAGAGUUCACAGGACAGAGCUGCCAGCAUUGACAGUUAUGAGAUGAGUAACAUCUGGAUACACAAGCGGGCAAAAGUUAAGAUGGAUCCACGGGACUAUAAAUACAUUAUAGGAAUCAUUAAUCACUGCCAUCACUGGACUCUAACAGUCAUGAUCCCGCAAGAGAAGAGGGCUCUAUAUCUGGAUCCUAUGGGGGAGAGUCAAAACAACCUAAAUAGAUGCCAGGAUGUGACAAGAUCAUUCAUGAGGCAAAAAGGAUUUCAUAUAUCCAGAUGGGUGUGUGGCACACUCCCACACCCACUGCAAAGUGAUUGCUCUUCAUGUGGGGCCUUUGUCUUAAAGUUUGCCGAAUGUGUCCUUGAGGAAAAGCCCAUUGAAUUUUCUGCAUCUCAAGAUGGUGUGGAAGAUCUAAGGAUGAAUAUUGCAACUUGCCUCCUGGAGAAAACAGAUAACUUAAAGGACUUGUGUUACUUCUGUGGGGAACACAAUACUGGAAGUGAUUGGAUUGGCUGUGAUGUGUGCCCACGCUGGUUCCACACUGUCUGUGCAAAAACAUCAGUGAAGGUGUCAAGCUUCAUCUGCCCAGCCUGUUGGAAGUAACUUGUAGAAAUAAAUCAUCAUAUUGCUUUUACAUUUAAAAAAGUCUAAAAUGUUUUCAAGACCCUUAGUAAUUUAUAGUAAGUUGUGUUCAGUGUCUCAAAUUUUUCGUUUUUGUAAAUGUAUUUGUUAUUAAUGAUUAUUGUUACACUACAAAAGAGACAACAAUUGUUCAGCAAUCAAUAAAUAGUUGUCAUG